CGUUGUAUGUCCUUCUAGCCCUGGCGGUGGCCGUGCUGAUCUAUAUACAUGGAACCUGGAACUUCAAUUACUUCAGAAAACAGGGCAUCCCUGGACCAACACCGUUCCCUCUUUUGGGAAACAGCCUCUCAUUUUCUUUCUUCCACAAAUUCAAGAAUGGAACCGACAGUACGGAAAUGUAUAUGGGAUAUUUAUGGGAAGAACGCCAGCCUAUGUUAUAUCGGAUCUGGACAUUCUGAAGGAGGUGUUUGUCAAGAGCUUCAGCACUUUCAGAAACAGGAUGAAAGUCUCACUCGUGCCCUACCCAUUCAGUUUGGGUGUGUUUUUCUUGGACGAUGAGCACUGGCGGAGGGUGAGAAGCAUCAUAACACCGAGCUUCAGCAGCGGCAAACUGAGGAAGAUGUGCGCUGCCAUCAACGAUUGCUCAAGGACUCUCACAACUAACUUCUCUACAGUCAUUGGGAAAAAGGAAGGGGUGAUCGUGAAAGACUACUUUGGAGCUUACACCAUGGACGUGAUUUCACGAACUGCCUUUGGUAUCACAGUCGAUUCUCAGAACGAUUUCAACAAUGAAUUUGUCGCUAAUGCUAAGAUGAUGUUUACACAAUCAAAGCCAAGACGACUACUACCAAUGAUAGCACGCUUCUUUCCACCAUUGGUGUGGGUUAUCCGGAAGAUUGGAGUUGGAGUAUUUCCAAGUAGAGCCAUACGCUUUUUUCAAGCCAACAUCUUGGAAAUGAUCAAACAACGAGAGAACGAAUCAAAGGAAAAUCGAGAGCAGAGAAUCGACUUCCUGCAACUCUUGGUGGACGCUGAGAUAACGGAUGAUAAAGUUAAACAAGAAAACGGUGACACAGCCAAUGGUCAGGUCUCAGAGGAACAUACAGCCAGACGUUUAACAGCGGAUGAAAUUGUUGGCCAAGGGAUAUUGUUCUUCAUUGCUGGAUACGAAACAACGGCUUCCACACUGAACUUUGCAUCGUACAAUCUAGCAAUGAACCCGGAUGCACAGGAGAAAGCAUAUAAUGAAAUCAAAGAGAUGCUUGGGAAUGAGGAACCAAACCACGACAACAUAGGGAGACUGAAGUAUCUGGACAACGUCAUUACUGAGACGCUCAGACUCUUCCCACCAGUUAUUGCAUUGCAUCGCAGAGCUUCUGAGAAUAUUCAGAUCAAGGACCUGACAAUCUAUGAGGGUCAAACUGUCUUCGUUCCUACGCUUGCACUACAGAGAGACCCUAAGCUCUUCAAGGACCCAGAUUCCUUCAAGCCUGAAAGACACGAUGAAAAAUCCAACCCACUGUCCUUCCUGUCGUUCGGAUACGGUCCAAGAAUCUGUAUUGGGAUGCGUCUGGCGCUGGUUGAGGCUAAAAUAGCCCUGGUUAAUGUUCUGAGAGCUGUGAAGUUUGAACGUAUGCCGGACACACAGGAAGUAUUGACGUUUAUUGAGUCCGGCAUUCUUCAAACAGAAAAGGACAUCAAGCUGAAAAUAUCUCCAAGAUGCUGAGUUAGAGGAAGAGGCACCUGCAGUUUCUCUUUUUGUGCCAGAAACCUAUACACAUGAUCGUCUGAAAACUGCAUCUUUUGGGUUUUUCUUGUUUGAAAACUUUCUCAAAUACCUUUGUUGUUAUCAGUAAUCAGCAGAAAUUGUCAUAUUUCAAUAAUUUAUUCUUUUUCUUGACAUUUGACUGUCAGCGAUUGUGGUGUUGAAAAACGAUUUUCUGAAUCGACGUUGACCAUACAUCAGUAAUGGAAGAAGUAGAAGAUGCAGAGAGGCAGACCGACAGACCGACCGACGGACAGACAGACAGACAAUGGGUUGUUCCAACUGAUCUGUCUCCUUUUGAAUGAGAUGUGCUUUGUUGUAUGUAUUGUACGCAUAGUAUACAUUGCAUUGGGGAAAGUUUUAAAAGUUCUGGAACAAACUGUUGGUUGAACUGAUAGUUAAAGCUACAUAUUGGGUACAUACAGGAAAUAUGUAUAUUCCCAGAAAGUUUAUGCUGAAAAGUAAUUUCUUAUAAAGCACAAGUUUGUGUUGUGAAAUUAGAACAUGGUAGUGAAGACAUUGAUCAGGGCAGUUCAGCUUCGACGAUGAACCUGUUAGAACAAAAUAUAUACCCCAGAACUAAAUACAUUGAAUAAUAAAUUAUGAAGCUCAGGCGUGAUUGUGACACUUGAUGUCAACUGGCGUCAUAUCUCAUUUGUCCGUAUUGCCAGUGCCGUCUGUGAAAUACAAAUUGCCACAGUAUCAUAAAGAAUAAAUGCUCUGUAGAGUAUUUAAAAGGAGUAGUGUAACAGGCAUCAGCCAAAUUACAAACCACAGUAUUACUUGAAAGAAUAAUGAAAGCUUUGUUUGUCUUUGCGUUCGAGUAUAUAUGCUUCAGCCACAUUAUAAACCAAAUCAUAUCUUGACAGAAAAUGUAAUAAACAUAAUUUCUUGCACAUUCUAAGGUCAGUGUAUGUAUACUGAAUGCCAGACACAUACUGAACGUCAAUGCUACAUUUAAACUGCAUUUGUUUAACGUGUUCAUCGAAUAUGUAACUAUAUGUGCUUAAUUUGAAUAAACGCGAUUUUGCGCUUA